AUGUCCCCGAAUCCUGUACCACGGUCUCCUCCACUUCCUCCGCCUACGCCGCUGUCUCCCAGGACUCCAGUAACUCGUUGCACAGACAAGAAGGCUGCCACCCGAGAAGUGCGGGAGGACCAACUCAAAGAGCUGAAAACUAAGUUAGAGAGACUGCAGGCGCACCUGGACCAGUCUCCUGGGAAGGUUACGGACGAAACUAUCUUACAAGCGGCUGCUACUCCUCCACCAUUAUCUCAAAAGCAAGGACAGAGCCGCAGUCCUUUGAAAUUUAACCCUACAUAUGAUGAAAUUCCUAACCCAACACAAAAAAUGCGGGAAGUAAAUCCGCCAGAACCUGACGAUCCUUUAAAUCCAGAGAAAUGGGAAGUGAGGUAUGAGAUGGGGAAACCUAUCUUGAACAAACUUCAUCCCAGACCCUACCGCCAGCCAUGUGGCGUAACGGCUUUCGCGAAUACGGAUGCUGCACUGCGGCGAUGGCACAGUUCAACCAAACUUUCUCCCUCCUCCUCCCACUUCGACGUUAAGGCCACCCCCUUUCUCGGUGAUGAUUGGCGAGACGGGCGGAGCCCUUCGCGGCGAUUGGCGGCUGCUGGAGGGAGGUUUUGUUUUUCCCCACCCCGUCAAUUUAAUUUUAUUCUUUUGAAGAUUCUUCGUUGUCAAGCCGCCAAAGUGGAGAGUGCGAUUGCAGAAGGGGGUGCUUCUCGUUUCAGUGCUUCUUCAGGCGGAGGAGGUGGUAGGGGUGCACCUCAGCACUAUCCCAAGACUGCCAGCAACAGCGAGUUCCUGGGGAAAACCCCAGGGCAAAACGCUCAGAAAUGGAUUCCUUCACGAAGCACUAGACGAGAUGACGACUCCGCAAAUGACAAAGAACGACAUGAUGCAAUCUUCAGGAAAGUAAGAGGCAUACUAAAUAAGCUUACUCCUGAAAAGUUUGACAAGCUAUGCCUUGAGCUCCUCAAUGUGGGUGUAGAAUCUAAGCUCAUCCUAAAAGGGGUCAUACUGCUGAUCGUAGACAAAGCCCUUGAAGAGCCCAAGUAUAGCUCACUGUAUGCUCAACUAUGUCUGCGACUGGCAGAAGAUGCACCCAAUUUUGAUGGCCCAUCAGCAGAGAGUCAUCCAGGACAGAAGCAAAGCACAACAUUCAGACGCCUCCUAAUAUCUAAACUUCAAGAUGAAUUUGAAAACCGAACCAGAAAUGUUGAUAUCUAUGAUAAGCAUGAUGGUCCCCUCCUCCCCGAGGAGGAGGAACAGAGAGCCAUUGCCAAGAUCAAGAUGCUGGGGAACAUCAAAUUCAUUGGAGAACUUGGCAAGCUUGAUCUUAUUCAUGAAUCUAUCCUUCAUAAGUGCAUCAAAACACUUUUGGAAAAGAAGAAGAGAGUCCAACUCAAAGAUAUGGGGGAGGAUUUGGAGUGCCUCUGUCAGAUAAUGAGGACAGUGGGACCUAGAUUAGACCAUGCAAAAGCCAAGUCCUUAAUGGAUCAGUACUUUGCCCGUAUGCGCUCCUUGAUGUCAAGUAAGGAAUUGCCAGCAAGGAUUCGUUUCCUGCUGCAGGAUACUGUGGAGUUGAGAGAACACAACUGGGUUCCUCGCAAAGCUUUUCUUGACAAUGGACCAAAGACUAUCAAUCAAAUCCGUCAAGAUGCAGUAAAAGAUCUGGGAGUUUUUAUUCCUGCUCCUUUGUCUCAAGGGAUGAGAAGUGACUUCUUUCUGGAGGGACCCUUUAUGCCACCCAGGAUGAAACUUGACAGGGACCCACUCGGAGGGCUUGCUGAUAUGUUUGGACAAAUGCCAGGUAGCGGAAUUGGUACUGGUCCAGGGGUUAUUCAGGAUAGAUUUUCACCCACCAUGGGACGCCAUCGUUCAAACCAACUUUUCAAUGGCCAUGGGGGUCACCUCAUGCCUUCUGCUCAAUCCCAGUUUGGAGAACUAGGCAAAUCUUUUCUGAAAAGUCAGGGGCAAAGCCAGCUCUACCAUAACCAGAAUCAGGGACUCUUAUCCCAGCAACAAGGACAGUCGAAGGAUAUGCCACCUCGGUUUUCUAAGAAAGGACAGCUUAAUGCAGAUGAGAUUAGCCUGAGACCUGCUCAGUCUUUUCUAAUGAAUAAAAACCAAGUGCCAAAGCUUCAGCCCCAGAUAACUAUGAUUCCUCCCAGUGCUCAACCACCACGCACUCAGACGCCACCGUUGGGACAGCCUCCUCAACUUGGUCUUAAAACAAAUCCACCACUUAUACAAGAAAAGCCUGCAAAGACCACCAAGAAACCACCUCCUUCUAAAGAAGAGCUGCUUAAACAAACUGAAGCCGUUGUGACUGAGUAUCUGAACAAUGGAAAUGCUAAUGAUGCUGUCAGUACUGUGAGAGAAAUGAGAGCUCCGAAACACUUUAUUCCUGAGAUGUUGAGCAAAGUAAUAAUUCAAUCCCUAGAUAGAUCAGAUGAAGACAAAGAGAAAGCAAGUACUUUGAUUAGCUUGCUCAAGCAGGAGGGAAUAGCCACAAGUGACAACUUCAUGCAGGUACUGCAGCAUUCAAAAAAAUUGGACCAGUGCCCUAAACUGGAGGUGGACAUCCCAUUGGUGAAAUCUUACUUAGCACAGUUUGCAGCCCGUGCCAUUAUUUCAGAACUGGUGAGCAUUUCCGAACUGGCUCAACCACUAGAAAGCGGCACCCAUUUCCCUCUCUUCUUGCUUUGUCUUCAGCAGUUAGCUAAGUUACAAGAUCGUGAAUGGCUAACAGAAUUGUUCCAACAAAGCAAAGUGAAUAUGCAGAAAAUGUUACCAGAAAUUGACCAGAACAAGGACCGCAUGCUGGAGAUCUUGGAAGGGAAGGGGCUUAGCUUCUUGUUCCCACUUCUGAAACUGGAGAAGGAACUGCUAAAGCAAAUAAAAUUGGAUCCAUCCCCUCAAGCCAUCUAUAAGUGGAUUAAAGAUAACAUUUCACCCAAACUUCAUGUAGAUAAGGGAUUUGUGAAUAUAUUGAUGACCAGUUUCUUGCAGUAUAUUUCUAGUGAAGUAAACCCACCUAGUGACGAAUCGGAUUCUUCAUCUGCUCCAUCUAAAGAGCAGCUAGAGCAGGAAAAACAACUGCUUCUUUCCUUCAAGCCGGUAAUGCAGAAGUUCCUCCAUGACCACGUUGAUCUGCAAGUGAGUGCUUUAUAUGCACUCCAGGUGCACUGCUACAACAAUAACUUUCCAAAAGGCAUGUUACUGCGCUUCUUUGUUCAUUUCUAUGACAUGGAGAUCAUUGAAGAAGAAGCCUUCUUGGCAUGGAAAGAAGAUAUUACUCAAGAGUUUCCAGGGAAAGGCAAAGCUUUAUUCCAGGUAAACCAAUGGCUAACCUGGCUGGAAACUGCUGAAGAAGAAGAAUCUGAAGAAGAAGCUGAUUAAAGAACCAGCCAAAGCCUUAAAUUGUGCAAACAUACUGUUGCUAUGAUGUAACUGCAUUUGACCUAACCACUGCGAAAAUUCAUUCCGCUGUAAUGUUUCACAAUAUUUAAAGCAGAAGUAUGUCAAUAGGAUAUCCUCUGCAAAAGGUUUUUGUAGUAUGUCUUAAUAGUCUACAAUAAAAAUAUUUUAGAGUAUCUUUAAUGUUUAGAUAACAGUGUAUUAGCAGCAUGCAAUAAUUACAUCAUAAGUUCUUGAGCAGAAGCAGUCUGUUGCAAGGGUCUUCUUUGCUGCCAGUUAUCAUAGGCUGUUUUUAAGUUAGAAAACUGAAUAGCAACACUGAAUACUGUAGAAAUGCACUUUGCUCAGUGUAAUACUUGAGUUGUUGCAAUAUUUGAUUAUCCAUUUGGUUGUCACAGAGAAUCCUUAACUGUAAUCGAUGGUUGUUGCCGUAAUAGUAUAUUGCCUGUAUUUCUACCUCUAGUAAUGGGCUUUAUGUGCUAGGUUUUAAUACCCUUGAGCCUGGGCAAGUGCACAAGUCUUUUUAAAAGAAAUAGUUACUUGCACGAAAACUGAUCAGCUGAAGAGAGGUUUAAUGCCCUUUGGAAGAGGUCUUUGUGGGUGUGAAACAUGACAUGGUGAGAAAUCUGAAUUGGUCCCUCUGUAGUACUGAAAUUAAAUCUACUUAAUUUAUCAAGACAUGUUCAUGCCCUGAUUUUAUAUACUUGUAUCUAUCAAUAAACAUUGUGAUACUUGA